UGGCGGGAGUGCGAGUGCUGGAUGAACGAAAGUGUCACAAAACAGCUUUCGAAUACUUUAUCACAAGAAUUUGCCGUCGAUUGCAAAAUUUGCAAAGAUCCCUGAAGAUGUUAAGCGAAGGGGCAAUCCAGAAAAUUAUCAGUAAUCCGGUGGAAGAGCAUCCACAGAAGCCAGUUUUACAAAUUUUGGGAAUAAAACAAAUUCAAUCAAGGGGAAGUGAUGGUAAAGGCAAUGACCGGUACAGGCUUGUACUGUCUGAUGGCAUUCACGUCCUAACAUCUGCUAUGCUGGCUACUCAACUAAAUGAGAUGGUGACUUCAGAACAAUUAGAAGUGAAAGCUGUCAUUCAGCUGAACAAGUACAUCUGCAAUGUUAUUCAAGAAACCAGGAAAGUGCUGAUACUAAUGGAUGUGACUGUUAUUAAACCUGGAAGAGAAAUUCCUGGAAAGAUUGGAGAUCCCAAAAACUUAAACGCUGAUCCUAGUAAUGAUCGCCAAAAUCCUCCACAACAGAAUGGAAAUAGUGCUCCACAGACCAUGUCAGUUGGUGUGAAAGCUGUGAUGGCAAAUGGUAAAUCAGCAGGUGGAACUUCAAGAGGUGCAGGACUGGCCUCUGCUACGUAUGGAAGUCACAAGCCGCUUGCUUCAAGAGGGGAUAAUACAAGAUCUGUUUUUCCAAUAACAUCCUUAACACCAUAUCAGAACAGAUGGACAAUUCGUGUACGUGUAACAAGCAAGCCAAAGGUCCGUACUUACAACAACUCUAGAGGAGAGGGCCGUGUCUUUAAUGUUGACCUUGUGGAUGAGUCGGGAGAGAUCAGAGCUACUGGAUUCAAUGAAGCAGUUGACAAGUUUUAUGACUUGCUUGAACUUGACAAGGUGUUUUAUAUCUCCAAAUGCUCUCUGAGAACUGCAAACAAGAAAUUCUCAACCAUCAAGAAUGACUAUGAACUCUUUCUGAACAAUGAUAGUUUGAUAGAGCCAUGUGAUGAUACUUGUGAUCUACCAACCAUGCAGUACAAUUUUGUUGAAAUUGGUGACUUGGGAAAUAUUGAUGCAGAUGCACUGGUUGAUAUAUUAGGUAUUGUGGUCAGUGCGGAUGAGGUCACACAAAUAACAACUAGAACAACUAACAGACAGGUUUCAAAGAGGGAUAUCACUCUAUUAGACAGAUCAGAGAAGAGUGUGAGAGCAACUCUUUGGGCAGAAGAGGCUGAGACAUUUGAUGAGUUUGUUGGAAAGUUUCCUGUUCUCGCCCUAAAAGGGGCAAAAGUCUCAGACUUUGGAGGACGUUCUUUGUCAAUCUUGGGUUCAACAAACAUGAGGAUCAAUCCUAUGGACCUACAGGAAGCUCAUAGUUUGCGUGGAUGGUACGAGAAUGUUGGCAAAGAUUCAAAUAUAGAGUCUCUCUCUGGGCUCAGAUCUGAUGGAGGAGGUUUGGGUUCUGGUUACAAAACCUUCUUUCAGAUGGACCAUGAAAAUCUUGGUAUGGGUGACAAGGCGGACUAUUUCACUUCUAAGGCCACAGUUUUGUUCAUGAAGAAAGACAACUGUUUGUACAAGGCAUGCCCUACUGCAGAAUGCAACAAGAAAGUUAUUGAUGAGGGAGAUGGUAAUUAUCGCUGUGAGAAGUGUAACAAGACCUACCCCAACUUCAAGUAUCGUCUUUUGUUACUAACAAACUUGGCUGAUUUCACUGGUAGCCACUGGGUUACCUGUUUCCAAGAAACAGCUGAGUUGCUUCUGAAAAUAACUGCUGACGAACUGGGUCAGAUGCGAGACUCGGGGGAUGAGCGUGCCUUUGAUCACAUUUUUCAAGAGGCAAACUUCAAGACGUACAUUUUCAGGAUUCGAGCAAAGAUGGAGACGUACAAUGAUGAAACUAGGGUCAAAUGCACGGCUGCAGGGGUGUCUCCAUUGGAUAUUAUGCAGGAAGGCAAACGAAUGAUAGCCGAGAUCCAGAAACUGAGAAUGCUUUGAGAGUACCCAACAUUGUUAAAGGUUUAGCUAACCUUUUGUGAGUUGAUGUUAGCUCAUUGUGACAUGCUAUGUAUAAUAAUUAGAAACUAAAACAGGGAGCUGGGCUUGAGAACUGAGGUCGUAUUCAUCUUUUUCAGCAAAGUAGGUUAUUGUAAAUGUUGUGUUGGUGUGAAAAUCCAAAGUGUUUGAAACAUGUUCUGACUCUUGUCUUCCAUCCAGGAAAAAGAUAUGUAACUUAGUGGAAAAGGGGAUAACUUUCUGCAAGAGUUAUUAGUGUUUUCAAUUGUUUUAUAAUUGCAAUCCCCAUUUUUCGUUGUUCAGGUGCUAACGAGAUAAAUCAUUGUAUUCACCGUCUGGUUCAUUAUUAUUGCAAUAAAUGAAGUUCGUUCAUUUUGA